GGCACGCGCGGGGAACAUGGCGGCGGCGGGCGUUGUGAGCGGGAAGAUUAUAUAUGAACAAGAAGGGGUAUAUAUUCACUCAUCUUGUGGAAAGGCAAAUGACCAAGAUAGCUUAAUUUCCGGAAUAUUGCGUGUUUUAGAAAAGGAUGCUGAAGUAAUAGUGGACUGGCGACCAUUGGAUGAUGCUUUAGAUUCUUCUAGUAUUUUGUAUGCUGGAAAGGACUCCAGUUCAGUUGUAGAGUGGACUCAGGCUCCAAAAGAGCGAGCUCACCGAGGAUCGGAACACCAGAACAGUUAUGAAGCAGAAUGGGACAUGGUUAAUACAGUGUCGUUUAAGAAGAAACCACAUACCAAUGGAGAUGCUCCAAGCCAUAGAAAUGGGAAAAGCAAAUGGUCAUUCCUGUUCAGUUUGGCAGACCUGAAAUCAAUCAAGCGAAGCAAAGAGGGUAUGGGCUGGUCGUAUUUGGUCUUCUGUCUAAAGGAUGACGUCAUGCUUCCUGCUCUGCACUUCCAUCAAGGAGAUAGCAAACUACUGAUCGAGUCUCUUGAGAAAUAUGUGGUGUUGUGUGAAUCAUCACAAGAUAGUAGAACACUUCUUGUCAAUUGUCAGAAUAAGAGUCUUUCACAGUCUUUUGAAAAUCUUCUUGAUGAACCAGCAUAUGGCUUAAUACAAGCAGGCCUGCUAGACAGAAGAAAGCUGUUGUGGGCCAUUCACCACUGGAGAAAAAUUAAAAAGGAUCCUUAUACAGCAACCAUGGUAGGAUUUUCCAAAGUUACAAACUACAUUUUUGAUAGUUUGCGAGGCAGCGAUCCCUCUACACAUCAACGACCACCUUCAGAAAUGGCGGAUUUUCUUAGUGAUGCUAUUCCAGGUCUAAAGAUAAAUCAGCAAGAAGAACCAGGAUUUGAAGUCAUCACAAGAAUUGAUUUGGGAGAGCGACCUGUUGUUCAAAGGCGGGAACCAGUGUCCCUGGAAGAAUGGACCAAAAGCCUGGACUCUGAAGGAAGACUCCUAAAUGUAGAGAGCAUGAAGCAGAGGAUAUUCAGAGGGGGUCUUAGUCAUUCAUUAAGAAAGCAAGCAUGGAAAUUUCUCCUGGGUUAUUUUCCUUGGGAUAGUACCAAAGAGGAAAGAACUCAAUUACAAAAACAAAGAACUGAUGAGUACUUCAGGAUGAAACUGCAGUGGAAGUCUGUCAGCGAGGCACAAGAGAAGAGAAACUCACGCUUGAGAGACUAUAGGAGUCUGAUUGAGAAAGAUGUCAACAGAACAGAUCGAACAAACAAGUUUUAUGAAGGCCAGGAUAACCCAGGGCUGAUUCUGCUUCACGACAUUUUGAUGACCUACUGCAUGUAUGACUUUGAUUUAGGAUAUGUACAAGGAAUGAGCGACUUACUUUCCCCCCUUUUGUAUGUGAUGGAAAAUGAAGUGGAUGCCUUUUGGUGCUUUGCCUCUUACAUGGACCAGAUGCAUCAAAAUUUUGAAGAACAAAUGCAAGGCAUGAAGACCCAGUUAAUCCAGCUGAGCACCUUACUCAGAUUGUUGGACAGUGGGUUUUGUAGCUACUUAGAAUCCCAGGACUCUGGAUAUCUAUAUUUUUGCUUCAGAUGGCUUUUAAUCAGAUUUAAAAGGGAAUUUAGUUUUCUAGAUAUACUGCGAUUAUGGGAGGUAAUGUGGACUGAACUGCCCUGUAAGAAUUUUCAUCUUCUUCUGUGUUGUGCUAUCCUGGAAUCAGAAAAGCAACAGAUAAUGGAAAAGCAUUAUGGCUUCAAUGAAAUCCUUAAGCACAUCAAUGAAUUGUCCAUGAAAAUUGAUGUGGAAGACAUACUGUGUAAAGCAGAAGCAAUUUCCCUACAGAUGGCACAGUGCAAGGAAUUGCCUCAAGCAGUUUGUGAGAUCUUGGGACUUCAGGACAGUGAAGUUACAACGCCAGAUUCCGACACUGAUGAAAAUGUUGGCACUCCUUGUCCCAUAUCUGCAUUUCCAAGUAGCACCUUGCCCAUCCUUGCUGCCAGUGAAGCCAAAGACGACAGUCCAGCACAGACAUUAGCAUCCCCAAAUGCCUGCAGAUCAACACCUGCAUGAUCAUUUGUCUUAACAUUUUUUUAAGAGAUACUUUGUUGCAAUUCCUUUUUAAGUACAUAAAAGGUAGACAUUUACAGUCUUGGUAUUGAUCAUGCUUUAAGUUUUAUGGAAAGACAGUGUACUGAUGUUCUUGCAUUAAAGCUUUACAAAGUUCUGAACUAA